CUUUGUUUCUUGGUGGUGAAGUUCACAGGGGGGAAGCCACACAUUAUAUACUCUACUUUACGCCUUACCCACUCCUUAACACAGUUGACUCUCCUACCCCUACCUUGUCUCCCUCCUGUUAUUUCGAGGCUGGUGCUUAAUAAAUAGACAGACAUAACCGUCCAUCACCGACAGUUGUGUUAUUUGGUUCUUCUUACGGUAACUGUCUACUUAAUAUCUGUCGGCGUAGGUUUAUUCUGACAGCGUAGUCUUUGCAGGUGCUCCAUCGUCUAUCGCUGGUUUAAUAAGAAAGUUGAGUCACCACACGGAUCUAGGGUGUUGAUUUGGAUUCUCUAGUGCAUUGCAGUCAUUUUGGAUUGGUUGCUGUUUUGCUCGUCUCUGUUUUGUAAAAACGAAACAAGUACUGGCUCUGUAAUUUCGCGUAGGAGCUACAGGACAUCUUCUUCUGUCCGGGAAUCUGUAUUUUAAAUCGCUGGACACCGUCUGCUGUGUUUGGUCUCCCGGAGAAAAUCACUCUCAGUGUGUCUGCUGUAUAUUAUCAGUAUUGAACGAACAACGAAAGUAAUGAGAAUUUGAAGGAAACGAUAUGAAAGAUAAUCCAAAUAUGUUAUAUCGCUGUGCUGCCCGUUACCCUAUCCAGGUAAUCGUCACGGUAUUUAUUCUUGCAGCGUUUUCUUACGUUUCGUUCUUCGACACAAUCACCCGCCAGGAAUUACCGGCUCUGGCACGGACACUAGAGCAAUGGAACCUGUUUGACAGACUCCCGAAAAACAAGGGUGAGCCUGCUCCUUACCUUGUGGCCGAGUCAUCGUUCGACUCUGAAACAGGCGCGCAAAACUGGGAGCUUGUAUUUGAGACGGACAACGAGAACCAGGUCGACUACGGUCUCAUCGAAGUGUUCCGUCCCGCCGGCCAGGAAACGACUUUUUCUAUGGGCUUUUUGGAAACACACGUAAACGCUUCUGCCGAGUCCUUCACCUCUGGCCGUGAUAGCUAUGUCAAGCUUGGUACCUCCAAUAUGUCUUUGCUCAACACAGUCAUGCCCAUAAAGUCGGCACAAAAGGUCGUUGAAGAGACGCCCUCGAUUUCCGACUUGCUUUUGCAACGUCUCCUCCCAGCAAUUCAGAAGCACACCUUCUCCUUGACGUGGACCUUGCGAUUCCUCGGUAACGCUUGGAUGCAUGUCUUUAAACUCGCUAGCCAUGCUUCCACGACCGAGCUUGUUCUUGUGGGUACUGCCUACGUUUGCAUGAUCGUGUCCAUUAUCUCUCUUCUCACAAACAUGCGUCGUCUCGGUUCGCGCAUUUGGCUUUCCGUCAGUGCCUUACUGUGUGUGAUGAUUGCUAUUCAGUUGGCUAUUUCUUGCCAGCAGGUUAUUGGCGGCCAUGUUGAUUUCUACUCCGUUGUCGAGGCUGUUCCAUUCAUUGUUAACGCAAUUGGUUUUGAGAAACCACUGUCUCUUGCUCGUGCUGUCAUACCCGAAUGCUCUAUCAAGUCCACCAAUCCCUUGCACGAGGAAGUUGCUAAGGCCUGCUCCAGGGCUACCAAGCCUUUGUUGCGCCAUUUUGGAGUGAGUAUGCUGGUUUUGGGUGUGUUCUCUUACGUGAAUUUUGGUGUCAAUCAAUUCGCUUUCUUCACUACCGUUCUUGUCAUCGAGAUGUUGCUCAACGUUACGUUUUUCGUCUCUUUCCUCACGCUCAAGCUUGAGCUCCGUCGUUUCAAGGUCAGUUCCAACUUGCACAAGGCUUUGGUCGAGGAGGGCUUUUCUGAGUCUACUGCGACUAGUGUCGUUCGCUCAAGCGAGCAACAAACGAAGAGUAACGUCGAGAAGGGAUUUUCGAUCAAGCGUUGCAUUGCGUCUAUCCGUACGGUUUUGUUGAUCGGCUUUGUUGGCAUCAAUUUGUUCAAGUUGUGUUCUGUGUCUUUCCCCUCUUACAAAAACUUGUCCAACUCCAACCAGUGCAUGCCUUUGUCUACAUACAACCUUGAUGUUACGGUCAAUUUCUUUAAGCAGAACGCUUUCCAAAGCGUUUUAGCUAAGCUUCCCGCUCAGGUGCAUGAACAUGCUACCCGUGUACGUUUUCUUCCUCCCAUCAUCUGUCAAGCACCUCCUCCUGCAACCAAAAGCGAGUCCUAUAGUGUCUUGAAGGACAUUUACCGUUUGUUCACUGGCACGGUUUUGCCAAAGUGGUUCAUGAUUGGUUUCGCUUUCAGUAUCGCUGCUAAUGUGUACUUGCUGAACGUCGCCAGAGUUUACAUUCAAAAGAGUAACAACAGUAACAAGCCGGCCAAAACCAAGGAGAAGAUUGUCGAGGUGGUUAAGCGCAUCCACGUUUCCACGCCUUCGGCCGCACCUCCCGUCACGGAUCCUAAGGAUGUGGUUGUCCGUCCCUUGACGGAGUGUGUUGAGCUGUAUAAGGGCGGAAAGGUCUCCGAGCUGAAUGAUGAGGAGAUUGUUUCACUCGUUCUUGCUAAAAAAAUUCCUCUGUAUGCUUUGGAAAAGGUUCUGAAAGAUUUGGAGCGCGCUGUGUACAUCAGACGCAUUGCCGUUUCUAGAACUUCGUCUACGAAAACGUUGGAAACGUCCGCUAUUCCUGUGUACAAUUUUGAUUACGCUCGAGUCUUGAACGCUUGUUGUGAAAAUGUUAUUGGUUACAUGCCCCUUCCUCUCGGUGUUGCUGGUCCUCUUAUUAUUGAUGGAAAGUCGUACUACAUUCCUCUUGCUACUACGGAGGGUGCUCUUGUCGCUUCUGCCAUGCGUGGUUGCAAGGCUAUCAAUGCUGGCGGCGGUGCUACUACUAUCCUUACUCGCGAUGAGAUGGCUCGUGGUCCUUGCAUUACAUUCCCUACUUUGUCUAGAGCUGGUUUCGCCAAGAUGUGGCUUGACAGUCCUGAAGGACAGGAGGUGGUUAAGAAUGCAUUCAACUCGACGAGUAGAUUUGCCCGGUUGCAGCACCUUAAGACCGCUCUGGCGGGCACUCGUCUUUACGUUCGUUUCUGUACUAGCACUGGUGACGCCAUGGGUAUGAACAUGAUUUCCAAGGGUGUUGAGCAUGCCCUUGCUGUUAUGUGUAAUGAGGCCGGUUUCGAGGAUAUGAAGGUUGUCAGUGUUUCUGGAAAUUAUUGCACGGAUAAAAAGCCGGCUGCUAUUAACUGGAUUGAGGGUCGUGGAAAGAGUGUUGUCGCUGAGGCUAUUGUUCCGGCUAAGGCUGUUGAGUCUAUUUUGAAGACAACUGUCGAUGAUUUGGUGCAACUGAACAUCAACAAGAACUUGAUUGGUAGUGCUAUGGCUGGUUGUGUGGGUGGCUUCAAUGCCCACGCUGCCAACCUUGUCACGGCCAUUUUCCUCGCUACCGGACAGGAUCCUGCUCAGAAUGUGGAAAGUAGCAACUGUAUUACAUUGAUGGACAACGUUAAUGGCAAUCUCCGUAUCAGUGUAUCUAUGCCUUCCAUCGAAGUCGGUACCAUCGGAGGUGGUACUGUGCUUGAGCCACAAGCUGCAAUGUUGGAUCUGUUAGGUGUCCGUGGUCCUCAUCCCACAAAUCCCGGUAGCAAUGCCCGUCAAUUGGCACGGAUUGUUGCUGCUGGCGUUAUGGCUGGUGAGCUUUCUCUUUGCUCUGCACUUGCUAGUGGUCACUUGGUUAAAUCGCACAUUGGUUUAAAUCGUAGUGCCCUGAAUACACCCGUUGCUGGAACUUCUGCGAAUAAACAGCCGCCUGUUGAUUUGCUCUCGGCCAUUAAUCGUGCCAGACAGCCUGCCAAAAACUAAUCUUUGUUCGGUGUGCUGGAGGCUCCAAAAAAAAAAGAAAGAAAAAAGCAUUAGUAUUAUUCCCCUCGGCUCUUAUCCAAGCAGUACCAGCUGUGACUUUCGGCAUCACGCUAGGAACCAUUACACGUAAACUUUGUUAUGGACUAGAAUAUAAUGAAAAUAUCUCUUGACAAAUGUACGUCUUCUCCAUUA